AUGGGGAGGGGUUGGGGGGUGAUCUUUGAAACCCACCCCCCCCCCCCAACCAUUCCCUCCCCACCCCCCACCCCGAAGCCGGGCUUGGCCGGGCUGGGGGUGGCAGGGGUCCCCGGGGGUCUCCGGGGGUCCCUGAGGGUCCCUGGGGGUCUCUGGGGGUCUCUGGGGGUCCCUGAGGGUCCCCGGGGGUCUCCGGGGGUCUCUGGGGGUCUCUGGGGGUCCCCGGGGGUCUCCGGGGGUCUCUGGGGGUCCCCGGGGGUCUCUGGGGGUCCCGGGGGUCCCCGGUCGCGUGCUGCUGCCGCCUACAAACACGCGGACGGCAAAAAAAUCGACGGGCGCCGGGUUCUGGUGGACGUGGAACGGGGCAGGACCGUCAAGGGCUGGCGGCCCCGGCGCCUGGACGUGUCCCGGGCUGUGGAGCUGCUGGAGCGGCUCCAGCGCAGUGGGGAGCUGCCCCCCCAAAAACUGCAGGCGCUGCAGAGGGUCCUGCAGAGCAAAUUCUGCUCUGCCAUCCGCGAGGUCUACGAGCAGCUCUACGACACCUUGGACAUCGCGGGGACCCCCGAAAUCCGCGCCCACGCCACGGCCAAGGCCACGGUGGCAGCGUUCGCAGCCAGCGAGGGCCACGCUCACCCGCGGGUGGUGGAGCUCCCCAAAACCGAGGAGGGUUUGGGGUUCAACAUCAUGGGGGGCAAGGAGCAGAACUCCCCCAUUUACAUCUCGAGGGUCAUCCCCGGCGGGGUGGCCGACAGACACGGGGGGCUCAAGAGAGGGGACCAACUGCUCAGCGUCAACGGGGUGAGCGUGGAGGGGGAGCAGCACGAGCGCGCGGUGGAGCUGCUGAAGGCGGCGCAGGGCUCGGUGAAGCUCGUGGUGCGUUACACGCCGCGCGUGCUCGAGGAGAUGGAGGCGCGCUUCGAGAAGCUGCGCACGGCCCGGCGCCGGCAGCACAACAGCUACUCGUCGCUGGAAUCGAGGGGGUGAAACCCCCCGGGACCCCCCGGGACCCCCGAAAUCCCCUCUGUAUAUUUGGGAUAUUUAUGGGGCGU